AUGCAAAAGUCAAGCAUCAAGAUUCCAGCGUUCGAUAAAGAGAACUACAACAUAUGGAAAAGAAAGAUAAAGUUAUUCAUCAAAUCUUCAAACCAGCUUUAUCCUGGUUUAUUGGAGAAUGGCCCGUUUAUCCCACAGAAUGAAAUCCUAUUAAACACCGACGAUGAUAGAAUCGUUCCAGCUCACUGGGUAGCAAAGCAUCAUAAUGAAUGGAACGACACUGAGAAAGAAAAAGUAUCCCUUGAUGAUCAUCUACAGCUAAUCCUGCUAGAUUCACUUUUUAAUGACAAGGAUCAACCACCCACUCUCAAUAUUGAGGAUGUGGAAGAUGAAGAUGAUAUUGUUGUUUUAGAAUUGGAAGAUGAGUACUGCACCCAUGAGGAAAUGGUAAGUAUGGACAACCCUGCCAUGGCGUUUAUGGAAAGGAAGUUUAAGAACUUAAAGUUCAAAAAGACCAAGCCAUUCAAAUCUCAGGGUCAGUACUCAAGGUUCAACAAGAUUGGUUCAAGUAAGGAUGUUGGUGGAAACUCUGGUGGUGGAUACAAAUCAGGGAUGGUGGAUAUAUCAAAGUUUAAGUGCUUCAACUGUGGAGAGCUUGGACACUUUGCUGGGGAGUGCACGAAGCCCAAGCAAUUCAGAAGAAGAGACAAGGAGUCUGGCGGUGAAGGCAAGAAAGGUCAAGGAAGAGCAUAUGUUGUUGAAGGCACGUGUUGGGAAGAAACCGAUGAAGGAGAGAACGAGCAUACGGUGAAUCUUGCUCUAAUGGCAAACUCUAUAGAUGAGGUUUCAAGCUCUUCAACUCAGGUACCCUCACUUGUCUUAGUUUAUAUAACUGUCGGUGAGUGCACAAAAACUAUUGAAGAUAUGAGUGCUAAAAUAUUUAAUUUGCACACUAGUCUUUCUGUAGCUCAUGAAGAGAUAGUCAGGGUAAGUACUAAAAAUGAGACCUUAACUGAUGAUAAUGACUUGUUGCUUCUUAAUACUGCUUCCUUAGUUUCCUUAAGAUCUGAUAAUGAAAAGUUUAAGAAUGACUUAGCUUGUGCUAAAAAGAUUGAGGAAUAUCUUAGGACUAAGAGACCUGGUAAGGAAGCUGUGUCUGAUUUUGUUGGUGAUGAUAUUGACAAACCACAUAUUCUCAGAAAGGUUCAGAAACUUGUAUUCAAAGUUAUUGAAUCUGAGUUUGAUGAGGAAGCUUUACUCAUCAAGCUAGAGCUGAAUGAGGAUAAUGUGUAUGACAACAAGAUUUCCAGAGAGAAUAGUACUGUCAAGAGACCCGUGACGGUUGACUCUUCACACAAUCAGACAACACGUCCAAAGAAUGCUGUCAACAAAGCUGCGACAAAACCUUUUAAUGACAUAGCAGCUAAUGAUGCUGUCAAGGGUAGUUUGACAGCAACUUUUGAAUGUGCUGUCGACACAGAGGAUACCAAGUCUAAAAACAACUUCAACAGAGGAAAGAAUGGUGAGCAUGCUAAGAGUGCACCUAGGAAGUUAUGUAAUAUCUGUGGUUCCUCUCAUCAUCUUAUUCAUGUUUGUAAGAAUGAUGUUGCUACCCCCAUUAAUGUUGUCAAUGUUACUGGGAAAAAGAAUAAACAACUCAUGUGGAUCAUUGGCAGUGGAUGCUCCAGGCACAUGACAGGUGACAAGGCCCUGUUGUCACAGUUUGUGGAGAAGACUGGACCAAUUAUAAAUUUUGUAGACAACAACAAAGGUUACACAGUGGGAUAUGGUCGAUUGGAAAUUGGGACUGUUGUCAUUGUUGAUAAUGCUCUAGUGGAUGGACUGCAGUGCACAAUCAAUUGA